AUGGUGCACUACUCUUCACCCAAAGACCCUGUGGCUCACUACUCUUCACCCAAAGACCCUGUGGUGCACUACUCUUCACCCAAAGACCCUAUGGUGCACUACUGUCCAGUGUUGUCCCAAGAAGCGCUGAGCUUCUUGGAGGAUUUGGCUGAGCGUGAUGUGGGAGGUGAGGUCGCCCUGCCUCACUCCUGGCCCUGGCAGGCCAGUGUGCAGGUGUCUAAUCCCCGUGGCUCCCCCUUCAAACACAUGUGCGGUGGUGUUGUGCUCAACAAGAAGUGGAUCCUGACUGCAGCACACUGUGUGGAGACUGACGAGCUGCGACGCAUUGUUCUCGGUGACCACAACCUCACAGACUACGGAGGCCAGGAGAUAUACAAGACGGUUGGCCAGGUCUACCUCCACCCUGAGUGGAACUCCACACGAGUGGAUGACGGGUGUGACAUCGCGCUGCUGAGGCUGCACACGGAUGCCGCCAUCAAUAAGUACGUCCAGCCUGCCACUCUGCCCAAACCUGGAGACGAGCUUUCAAAGAAGACCACCUGCUACGUCACAGGCUGGGGGAUGACCAAGGCCUCUGGUGAGAUGUCCAUGCUCUUGAAGCAGGUCUACUUGCCUCUGGUGGACUCUAAGAAGUGCAGCAGCAAAGACUACUGGGGGACAACAGUCAAAGACACCAUGGUCUGCGCUGGAGAGGGAGACAGCGCCAACUGCCAGGGCGACUCUGGUGGCCCUCUGAACUGCGUGGUGAACGGGCGGCCUGUGGUCUACGGCAUCACCAGCUUCGUGUCCGCUAGAGGCUGCAGCCAGCCCACCAAGCCCACCGUCUUCACCCACGUGUCGGCCUUCAGCGAGUGGAUUGAGAGCGUAAGACAACGCACACAGAGAUGCUUAUGUGGCAAAUGCAUGGAUGAUCUUGUGCUGUGA